AUGCGGACAAGGAUCCAGCGGGCGGCGGCAUUCUUCAAGCGGAUGGAGGACGGGGAUGAAGAUGCGCUCAAGGACUGGAGGGUACUGCACGUGCACUUCGACGUGUACACGGUUGAGAGCCGCGUGAGCGAGGAGUCGAUGGACAACGCGCUUCCCCAGCUGGACGAGAUGGGCCUCAUCGAAGACGAGGAAGGGGCGAAGCGCGUAAAUCUGGAGAAAUGCAAACUGGUAAAGGCUGUAGUGCGGAAAAAGGGUGGAACAUCCAUUUAUCUCACGCGGGAUAUCGGUGGGGCAAUCGAACGAUACGAAAAAUACGAGUUUGAUUAG